CAAAACAUAUCUUUGAAAAUCUCUUUCCUUUUUUCCUUUUAUCAAUAUGGCAAGAAGUUUAGAGCCACUAAUUGUUGGGAGAGUAGUAGGUGAUGUUCUUGAUUCAUUCACUGCUAAUGUUAAAAUGGCAAUCACUUUUAACAACAAAUUAGUGUGCAAUGGCCAUGAACUCUUUCCUUCUGCUGUCACUGCUAGACCUAAAGUUGAAGUUCAAGGAGGAGAUUUGAGAAAUUUCUUCACACUGGUCAUGACAGAUCCUGAUGUUCCUGGCCCUAGUGAUCCUUAUCUAAGAGAGCAUCUCCACUGGAUAGUAACUGACAUUCCAGGUACCACUGAUGCUACUUUUGGAAGGGAAUUGGUGAGCUAUGAGAGCCCAAGGCCAAAUAUUGGGAUCCAUAGGUUUGUGUUUGUUCUCUUCAAGCAGAAAUGUAGAAAUUCAGUUGGCCAACCAACUUCGAGGGAUCAUUUCAACACUCGAAAUUUUGCCCAAGAAAACGAUCUUGGCCAACCUGUCGCUGCCGUCUUCUUCAAUGCUCAGCGAGAAACCGCCGCGAGAAGACGUUAAUUAAAGAUUAUUGAUGUUAUAUCAGUCAUUUUUCUUCACAAUUAUCUGAUCAGACCUCACCUUCAUAUGAAGUCACUUUAAAUCUCUUAGUAGUGUUAAAAAAAAAGUAUCAAGUUUGUUUUUUCU